UAUAAACAACACGUAUGCUAGUACAAUAGUUAGUGUUAGCAAAAUAACACAUCGCGCACUGCUAACUUGCACCUUAAUUCCCAAAGGCGUUGCCAUUGUAAAGUUUGUCAUUAACGUAUGAACAUGGUAACGUUCGCUAGCUAGUUAAACGUUUUCCAAGCUACUAGCAGGUUACUCAGAGAGGGCAGCGUUAACGCUGUUUCAGACGGAAAACAUCCAACAAUGAACAAAUUUGAAACGCCUUACGACGACGAGGCUGGAUUUAUUGAAUGCACGAGCUGUGAAAAAUCCAUAAGAGGAGAAACCUUGUACAAGAUACACCUGACCACAACAGGACACAUAAAGAAAGAGGAUGCCCUUGUUGCUGCGGGGCUUGCAGUCAGACAACACAUCGUACCGGAAUUUAAGGACAUUUUACAGUAUCUGGAUUACUUGAAGCUCGAUGAGCCCAUCAUUGGUUUAAACUUUUUGGAUGAAGUGCCUUGUAAUGACCAACAAGCAGGACCCAGAUACUUAUGCAGGCUAUGUCAUCAGAGCGCAAACCUAUCAGAAAUGGUCCACCAUGUGAUUGGACGUAAACACAGGCAGAAAUACGUGGAACUGAAAAGGCCAGACUUGGUGACCUGGGAUAAACAAUCCAUAAUAACCCAAGGAGGAAAGAUCAUACGAGCCAGAGCAGAAAUAAUAGAGAGACAAGAUGGACGAGGAAAACCAGUGCCAAUGCUGAAAAGAGGAGUUGAAGGCAAGCUCAACAUCUCAAGAGUUCACCCAAGGCAGAAACAAAAUAGGGAUCGAAAUUUGACCCGAGACGUCCCAUCACAUGUAAUGGAAGUCAAGGACUAUCAGGAUGAGUACUCUCACCGACAGAGGUCUUCCCCAGUUUACCCAAAUACACCCCAGUUCCACCCAGAUGAACCAUACAUGAACAGAAACAGACAGAUGUACCAACCGGAGGACAGUCUCAGCCGUGACCACAUGGAAAAGGAGCUGUGCAGGGCAAAUUACCGGGAAAAUGAUAUGUAUAGACGUAGGGAUUAUGAAGAGGAAUAUGUUGAAAAUCCACAGGCAAGAACUACACUUGAGCCGGGUAGCAUCACCAGGUAUGAUCCUAGGGAGGAGAUGCCGAUGCGCCGUGACCAGACUUUGCGUGUAGAGUAUUACCCAGAGGAGGCUCCUCUUCACAGAAGGCCCUACCCGGAAAGAGAUCCUCUGAAAGAGUUCUACUGCGAGGAAGUGAGGCGAGGGCGAGUUCAUUCUGCUGAGUAUAAGCCCUCACAGCCGGCGUACCCAGAAGAUGAAGACCAGUGGUCUCUGGACAGGAAGUCUGGCAGACAUGACAGUGUGAAUAGAGCAAGUAGGCCCGGAUCAAGUGAACCAGAGGCCAAGAGGAGGAGCUUUCCCACACCCACAGAGAAUGAACAAUCGCAUGAUCAUUUGUUUAAUAUUAUUAGAAACUGUCAGCACAAAAUGAGAGAACUACAUCAAGAGAUAACAGUUUCUAACCCUGGACCAAGCAGAACUGGACCCCCUCCUUCCCAGAGACGAGUGGAAGUCACUAGGACCUUGUCUGGCAUCCCAGAGCCAUUCAGGUGCUUUUUGACAGGGGCCGCCAAUGAUCAGGGACAUAGUAAGAGAAAAAGAAAAAGUCGCUUCUCUGAUGCCACUGAUGAGGAGGUGGACAUGAUAAAGGAGAUAUUCGAAGAUAAACAUGUCCCUCCCGAUCCAAAGUUUGGCGGUUGUCCCAGACCAGUUAGUGUACCACUGAGACCUGAAAUCCACAGAACACAACAUCCCACAGAAUCACAGAGCCCACAUCAUACAGAAAGCUACCAAAGAGGAGGCUCUGUGUCAGAAGGUGUCUUUGAUAUGCUGAAAAACAUUGAAAUUGAGAAUGCAGAGGAAGCUGACUUCCUGAAGAACAAACUUUGUAGCCUUCUUAAAGAAUUCAAGUCCAAAAAAUCAGAGAAAACGGUGCAGAACAACCAAAGUCGAGGAGUCCUCAACAACUCUGACUUCAACAGCUUAAGGCCGGUCCCGCAGCUGUCUCCACAACACCAUUAUGAGAGAACCCUCUUAGGAGACUCAGACCUUAGACCACCACAGGACUUCAGUUUCAAAGAUGAUCACAGACGACAAGACUGGAAGCAGUAUGAGUAUAUACCGGAUGAACGACUCCAGAAAUACCACCAUCCUGUACGCAGUGAAUCUGGACACAUGAAUAGAAGGCGUUAUGAAGAUUGUGAAGAGACUUUUAGGAGUUCCAAAAUGUCUUCCACAUCACAUGCUAACCGAGAUGAGCCAGUACAUUAUCCUGAACGGUUUCAACAACCCAUGCAUCCUUGUGACUACCGACCUGCUGCUGAGGAGUAUUUUGGCUCCCACUCCUCUUCACCUCCCCUACACAUGGAACAAGAAAUCAGGAUGCACAGGGGCUCUCGGUACUCCAAGAACUUGGACAAAAUAACCUCCAUCCUGGAACUUGUGGCAAGGAAAUAAUGUUCUGUAAACUAAAUAUCCACAGUUUUGAAUUUAAUACUUUGCUGUGAAAACAUGAUUUGAUGUUAAAUGUUUUUUAGGUUGUUUGCUUUCGACCUUUAUGAAGAAUUAGAAUUAAAAUGUUUCCAAGUCUGAGUUUUUGUAAACAUUAAAACAUUAUUCUAC